AGUCACUACCAUUUAAUUACAUCUCCAACAUACCUCUUCUCUCAUUGGCAAGCAAAAUGCCUAGACAAAUUGAGUUUGAUGAUUCCACAAGCUCGGAUCUUUCUGACAAUGAUGCUUGCAACUGCGAAGAGCAGCAGGAUAAGAUUAAGAAUCAGCAGUUAAGCUUACUGAUUCAACAAACAAGCAUCGAUGAACUGGGCGAGAUCAACACAGCCCCUUUAUUCACGCCCUCCGUCUUGCAACACGCGCAGCACUUAGGCGUGUCAACUUCAACAGCCGCUUUCUCGCAAUAUGGACUACUGGCCGGAGAUGUGCGCAGCCUCCAGGAGACAUCGCCUGAAGAUCCUCGAAUCUUCUAUAAUGUUGCGACGCCUGCCAGCGUGUUCAUAUGUGGCAGCCAAGGAUCAGGCAAGAGCCACAGUCUGUCUUGCAUUCUCGAGAAUUGCUUGAUACAGUCGGACAAGUUAGGGCGUCUCCCUCAUCCAUUGACAGGAAUUGUCUUUCAUUACGACGAUUACGCGUCGGACUGGCGCGUUAAUCCCUGUGAGGCCGCAUACUUAGGCAGCGACCCUGGAAUCAGCGUGAGAGUUCUAUGCUCACCUACAAAUCUCAGAGCAAUCAAGGUAACUCCAGUCCUCUCUCUUCUAUGUUUCAACUUCUAAUGCAAUGUAGGAGUCCUACGGCCAACUCCAGAACGUCACGGUCGAAGCUCUGCGCCUAGACCAGUCCGACCUCAACACGAGGCGCAUGAUGGAGCUCAUGGUAUUCGACCGUACGCAACCGCUGUACGCAUCAGUAGUUCAAAGGAUACUGAGAGAUAUGCGCCUCAGACAGCAGGAUAAAGCGGGCUGUUUCAACUACCGUGAAUUUAUCACUAAACUUGAAGACGAGCCGUUAAGCCCUGAUCAGAAACGUGGUCUGCGGCAACGCCUCGACACGCUGCAGAGCUUCAUGGUCGCUGAGCAGGUCAAGCCACUCGCUUGGGGAAAUUCUACACAAUAUGCCGUACAUGCUGGGACCGACUGGACGCCCAAAGCUGGAGAACUCAUUAUCGUUGAUCUAUCAUGCCCAUGUGUCACCACCUCGAUGGCAUGUGCCCUUUUCAACAUAUGUUUGUCUAUAUUCCUUGCCCAAGAAAACUCUCUAGGACGCAUCAUCGCGUUAGACGAAGCUCAUCGAUACAUGGGCGACACAUCCGACUGCGAGGUCUUGACAAACAGCUUACUCGCAGCGAUCCGAUUCCAGCGUCAUCUCGGCGCCCGUAUCAUCAUCUCCACGCAAGAGCCCACGAUCUCCCCCAAGCUUCUAGACCUAUGCAGCAUUACGAUCGUGCAUCGCUUCAGCUCGCCCGACUGGCUUAAUGUCUUGACAAAACAUCUAGCAGGCAUCUCUAAAGUUUCCAAAUUGACGAACAAAUUGGACAAUAUGGGAAUUGACGACGACGACGACGACGACGAAGCCAAUCGUCAUGGUCUACGCGGGAUUGCGGUAUCAUCGGAUGAUCCCAUCCUUGACCUCUUCUCGCAGAUAGUUGAGCUACGCACGGGCGAGGCAUUAGUAUUUGCUCCUAGUGCCAUCGUUUCACUCGAGAAGCAAGGCUCUAAGGUCACACCAAAGAAACUGGCGCAUCGUGUCUUGAGAGUUGUAAUGAGAGCGCGGAUCACGAUGGAUGGGGGAAGAAGCAUCAUGGCCACUUGAGUGCUCAGGAAAGUAGAUUGGCCGUGUCAAUAGAAGUUAUCUAUCGGUCAGCGUCUUGAUGUCAGUGUCAGAGUAGCGCAGUUGUUUCAAUACCUGGGUCACGAGUGUAGCCCUCUGUCCUCUCUGUAUAGCCAUCAGGUUUUAGGCACUCGAGCGGUUAGCAUCACCCUCCAAUGUAAUUCUAUCGCAGCAGAGCAGCUCUCACAAAAGUCAUACUAUAUGGAUGUAGGAGUUACCGUAUAACUGCCUGGCCAGUGGCUUGAUGAAUUUGCUACUCUUCUGCCAGGUUUC